CCUGCGCAGCGCACAGCCCCCUCAACUACCCCCACUCUGAUCGCGUGGCGUACUACAACAUCGCGCAACCACCACACGAUAAACACUCUCCACUCCACCCCCAACCACACAACUCCCAACCCAACUACCAUGGCAUUUCUUGCCCACGCCUGGAAAGUUCUCGAUGGAGUCGGCCAAGAAGCAGGGAAACAUAUUGGAGGCGCGGCUGUUCACACUUGGAAGCACCUCGACGCAUUCGGUAAAGAGGCUGGGAAACACAUCGGCGGCGCCGCAGUCGAAACAGCAAAAGCGCUCGAUGGCUUUGGUCAAGAAGCGGGAAAACAUAUCGGCGGUGCAGCAGUUCACACUGCCAAGACACUCGACGGCUUCGGCAAAGAGGCGGGAAAGCAUGUAGGCGGCGCAGCAGUGCACACUUGGAAGCAUCUCGACGCGUUUGGGCAAGAAGCAGGGAAGCACAUUGGUGGUGCAGCAGCUCACACUGCCGUAACGCUUGACGGCUUUGGCAAAGAGGCAGGAAAACAUGUUGGUGGCGCAGCAGUGCAGACGUGGAAGCAUCUUGACGCCUUUGGCCAAAAGGCAGGAAAAUGGGUCGCCGCGCACCCUGGUGAGACGAUCGGUAUAGCGAGCUGCAUUGUCGCAGCACCGCUUGCCAUCGCCGCUACGCCUCUUGUUCUGGGUGCUGCGGGGUUCGGAGCGGGUGGUGUAGCUGCCGGUUCUGCGGCUGCGGCUGCACAGGCAACUAUUGGUAAUGUUGCAGCGGGGAGUGUGUUUGCUGUGCUGCAGAGCGCUGGCGCCGGGGGUGCAGGGAUGGCCGUUGUUAGUGGGGUUGUGGGGACGUCUGCUACAGUGGCUGCUGUUGGGGCGACGGCUCCGGCGGUGAUUAGGGCUGUGAUUGAGGAUCAGGGUAAAGAGGAUGAGGUCGAGGAUAAAGAGGGCGGUGAAAAGGGCAGGACGAAUGACACCGUAUCAUCCAAGAGCGAGUUGUAGUCUCCAGAUCUAGCG